AUCAAUGUGUAUAUCGUGCGGUAAAACCGAUUUAACUCAGUUAUGAAAGUGAUAAAUAUAAAUACAAAGAGAAUUGCUUAUUAGCUGAUUACAUAUAGUCACAACAGUUAACUAUGUGUAGAGGUAUAACGUUCGUGUGCGUUACUCAUUGAAACACGUGGUAGCAUAGGCGUCGUUAUCGUUCUACCACUCGAAUGUUCAAUUCUUAUGCAUGUUUAUUCACAAACACAUGCGAUGAUAGAUUACGUGACGUGACUACGGCCGGUUGAAAAACAGGUCUCAGGUCUCAGGUCUUUGGACGAAGUCUGGAGCUGUAGUACAGACGCUGAGUUAUAAAGUCGCUCCGAUAGAACUACGUUGAACAGAAUACGCUCGUGAACUGUAGAUUCUGAAGAGAGGCAUGGCUUUGGAUAAACGUGGAGUCGUUCUCUCCGGCACAAACUUAGCCAAAGAAAUUCGCGAAUCAUUAGCAAAGGAUGUUGCGACGUUGAGAACGAAGUUACCAAAUUUUUCGCCGGGUCUUGCUAUCGUCCAGGUGGGCGGCAGGGAAGAUUCCAAUGUUUAUAUACGUAUGAAAAUAAAAGCGGCCAACGAAAUCGGAAUAAAUGCAACACACGUUAAACUUCCUAAUACAACAACAGAAGCUGAAUUGUUGAACAAACUCUACAAACUCAACAAUGACCCAGCAACGCACGGAAUUAUUGUACAAAUGCCUCUUGACAGCGUGAAUAAAAUUGACUCUCAUUUAAUAACGGACACUGUUUCACCUGAAAAAGAUGUCGAUGGAUUGAACACCAUAAAUGAGGGGCGAGUUGCUAUUGGUGAUAUGACGGGAUUUUUACCCUGCACUCCAAACGGAUGCAUCGAACUUAUUAAAAAGAGUGGAGUUCCAAUUUCUGGCGCACAAGCCGUAGUUUUGGGAAGAAGUAAAAUAGUUGGAACACCAGCGGCAGAAUUACUAAAAUGGCAGAAUGCUACGGUAACAGUUUGCCAUUCACGGACCAAAGACCUUCCAAAAGUGGUAUCCCAGGCAGAUAUUCUAGUAGUGGGAAUCGGACAAGCCGAAAUGGUGAAAGGUUCGUGGAUAAAACCUGGAGCGGUUGUUAUCGAUUGCGGAAUAAAUUCAAUACCAGAUCCGUCUAAGCAAAGUGGACAGCGACUCGUUGGUGACGUCGCCUAUUCAGAGGCCUUACCAAUUGCAUCUUACAUCACACCAGUGCCAGGAGGUGUUGGUCCAAUGACAGUCGCAAUGUUGAUGAAAAAUACAGUGAUCUCGGCUCAAAGAGCUGCUGAGAAACUCCUGAAUUCAAAAUGGAAUCUCAGGACAUUGCCUCUGCGAUUCGAAGAUCCCAUUCCAAACGAUAUAACUAUCGCAAGAAGUCAGGAACCAAAAAAUAUAGCUAAUCUUGCGGAAGAAAUCGGUCUGAGUCCGAGCGAGUACAGUCUCUAUGGAAAUAAGAAAGCAAAAGUUAGCCUCAAGGUUUUGGAAAGAUUGAAAGACCAGAAGAACGGAAAAUAUGUUGUCGUAGUUGGGAUAACACCGACCCCGUUAGGAGAAGGUAAAAGUACGACGACUCUUGGUCUUGCUCAGGCACUCGCUGCACACAGGGGUAAAAACUCGUUUGCAACCCUUCGUCAGCCAAGCCAGGGACCAACUUUCGGAGUAAAAGGUGGUGCAGCAGGUGGAGGAUAUUCCCAAGUUAUACCCAUGGAAGAUUUCAACCUGCACUUAACUGGGGAUAUCCACGCUGUCGGGGCAGCAAAUAAUUUAUUGGCCGCUCAAAUCGACGCGAGAUAUUUCCAUGAAAGUACGCAACAAAAUAAGGCGCUUUACGAUAGACUUGUGCCCACCAUUAAGGGUGUACGAAAAUUCUCAAAUAUUCAACUUAGGCGGCUUCAAAAACUUGGAAUAAAUAAAACUGAUCCUAAUAGCCUGACUGAAGAGGAACAGGGAAGGUUUGCAAGACUUGAUAUCGAUCCCAAUAACGUCACAUGGACGAGAGUCGUCGAUAUCAACGAUCGUUUCCUGCGACAAAUAACGAUCGGACAAAGUCCUACUGAAAAAGGAAAGAUUAGAGAAACUUCGUUCUGCAUAUCGGUAGGCUCCGAAAUAAUGGCGGUUCUUGCACUUGCUACUAGCGUUCAAGAUAUGAAGAACCGUUUGGCCAACAUAGUUGUCGGAUUCAGUAAGGAUGGAGUCCCAUUAACUGCGGAUGACUUUGGAGUGACGGGCGCCUUAGCUGUACUGCUGAAAGAUGCAAUUGAGCCAACGUUGAUGCAGUCUCUCGAAGGAACUCCAGUGCUAGUGCACACAGGUCCUUUUGCAAAUAUUGCUCACGGAUGUUCUUCGAUUAUCGCGGACGCUAUUUCAUUGAAACUCGUUGGUGCCGAUGGAUACGUGCUCACAGAGGCCGGAUUUGGGUCUGAUAUCGGAAUGGAAAAAUUCUUUGACAUAAAAUGCCGCACUUCCGGACAUAUUCCGAACGCUGUUGUCCUUGUCACGACUGUGAGAGCCCUUAAAAUGCACGGUGGGGGUCCGCCUGUUACGCCUGGUAGUCCUUUGAAAAAAGAAUAUGUUACCGAGAAUUUAGAACUCGUUAAAAAAGGACUACCAAAUCUUCUGAAGCAUAUUAGCAAUGGAAACAAAUUUGGAGUUCCUGUCGUCGUCGCGAUCAACACCCACUCAUCUGAUACAGCGGCAGAAUUAAAUAUCAUCAGAGACGCAGCUUUGGCUAAUGGAGCUACAGAUGCAGUGAUAUGCACUCAUUGGGCACGUGGCGGUGCUGGAGCGCUGGAUCUAGCUGAUGCCGUAAUUGCUGCUACAAACAAGCCGAGUAAUUUCAAACCCCUGUACAACCUCGACGCUAGUAUCGAAGAAAAAAUAAAUAUUGUCGCCAAAGAAAUGUACGGUGCUGGAAAAGUCAUACUCGCAGAUAAGGUGAAACAAAAAAUCGAAGAAUACAAAAAAUUCGGUUACGACAGACUACCACUCUGCAUGGCAAAAACGUCGAACUCUCUGACUGGAGAUGCAUCAAUCAAGGGAGCACCGACUGGUUUCACUUUAGACAUAACUGAUAUCUUUGUAUCGGUCGGGGCAGGAUUCGUUGUACCCAUGGUUGGAGAGAUACAAAGGAUGCCGGGACUCUCAACCAGACCUAGCAUCUAUGAUAUGGACUGGAACAGCGAGACUGAUGAGAUAGAAGGACUGUUCUAGAGACAUGCGAUAAAAAAAGCUACACUCAACGUUUAUUAUCACGUGCGCUCAUCUAUAAUUAUGACGUAAAAGAUAUUCAGUUUACCAAAACUCUUGAUUUUAUUAUUUUUCUAAAGAUCAAUAUAAACUCGUUAAACAACUGGA